AUGGGAGCUGAGAAGAAGACGAAAGAUACAUCAACUUCGACAUCCACAGCCAGUUUGACUACCGAGUAUCGUUCCCUGGUUGAUGAUUUCAGGUCUUUCACACAAGCAGGUUGUAUUUCUGCGGGAGACGGCAAGAUGUAUGAUGAGGCGUUCUAUUCGAACUGGGAGAGUCCGGGGAUAGGUGGUGAUACUUUGAACGGGUGGAGUAGUGGGAAUGGAGACUCGUCGGCGGGAAUGAGUGUUAUUUUGACGCCAAAGUCAUCUGAUGAUUCGGAUUCGCCGACUGGAGCUAGGAUUAACCAGAGUGAGGGAAUGAAGGAGAGGAAUGGAAGUGGGAGUGGUCUUGGAAUUGGAGGUGGGGUCAAUUCUAUAGACAGCAAUGGGGAGAGUUCGAGGACGAAUUCAAAUAGACCAACGCCGAUGCCUGCACUGAGGAAAGAACUGAGCUAUGAACAGGAGGAACUUACGGAGGAUGGAUUACCGUCUCAUAGGCCGAGGAAAGGCCACAAGAAAAGUCGAGGGGGAUGUUAUAAUUGUAAAAGAAGGAAGAUAAAGUGCCAAGAAAACCAGCCUGCAUGCCAUAACUGCACUCGGAAGAAUCUUGACUGCAAAUAUCCAGCUCCGAAAACGCUCACUGCAUUGCAGAGCUCAGCGCAGUAUUCAGCUAGCCCGAUCACGUCUGUGAAUCUGCAGGUCACGCCGACGGUUUUCACAUUGACGGAUAUGAGACUCUUCCAUCAUUAUUUACUGGAUGCGUAUCCCCAUUUGCCGGUGGGGAAUGACACCGCGUGGUUGUCGCAGGUCCCGUUAGUGGCGCAUCACAACGAAUACCUUAUGCAUGCCAUUCUCGGCCUUGCGGCAUCCCAUCUCGAACUGCUCACUGGCACAGACCUCUCCUCUCAAGCCAUUCAUCACCGCGUGAUCGCAAUUAAAGGAUCUAACGCCGCUCUGCAACUCAAGUCCCGUUCCGGUAGUGACGGCGAUGCGCUCCUCGCAGCCUGCUACCUCCUCACAUUCCAAUCAUCCUACAUGAAAGAUGGCAUCCAUGAGUUUUUCCAAUUCGUGAGAGGAUGUGCGCUACUGAGUAAUCAGCUCAGAGAGGAGAAGGUGCCGAUGGCGUUCUUUUUGACGUCAAAUGAUCAUUUUAGUUUUAUGGAGAAGAGAUUGACGGAUUUACCAGCGAUUAAUGAGGAAUUGUUGGAGUGCGCGGAGAGGAGUCUGAGAAGGCUGCCGGAGUAUUUUGAUGUGCCGGUGCAUAGCAUUUUCUAUACGUCGCUGGUGGUGUGUAUUGAUGCGGUCAAGGUCUCAUCACUGCAUGGCUACUUCAAAUUUAUAUUCAUCUACCAAUCCCUCAACCGCAUGUCAAACGACCUCUUCCGAGAAUUUGUCGACCCCGAAAACGCUGUCUCACGCAUCCUGAUCGCGCACUUCCUCGCUAUCCAGCUUAUCAUGCUUCCAAUUCUCGAUCGGGAGUGGGCAGGCCGAACGAAGAAUACACCGGCGAGGAUGAAUCUCGCGUGGAUGACGAGUAUCCAUGACUCGAGUCCGGCCCACUUGAGGCAUUUGGUAGAGUGGCCACAGGCGGUGGCGGAGGCUGUGAGGGAUGAACUGGCGGGGAAACAGACGAAUAUCCCCAGAGUACCGAUUUUGCAGAAGAAGGCGGGGUUUAGUAAGGAUGUGGUGUAUGGCGUUGACAGUAUUUCUAGAGGGGCGCUGUUUGGACGGUAA